AUGGAUGUAAGCUGGGCGAAGGGCUCUAACGGGAAAGGGUAUUUAAUGAACGGAUCUUUGACCAUUUCUUCUUUUCAACGAUCAUCCCAUCAUUCUCAUUCUACAACGCCCUCUCCGAGUAAAUUUAAAAUACCCUUGGGAGAAGUCCACGACAUGCCCUUUCUUCCUGCUCAACUCGACUUGCCCGCUGCUCCUCCAGUGGCACUUGACCCCCCAACCUUGCAGUGCGUAUCUCGACAAGCCAUUUACUUCUUUCAAGUCACCAAUCGCCAAGCUCAUUCAACGAUACCUAUCACCGAUACGCUUGUUGCAGAAGCGUUUCUAGCUCUGUUGAAAACAUCGAUGAAGUUAAUCGCCAUGGAAGAUGACCAAGAGGGAACCUCUACUCCAGGCACCGCUACUCCAGGCACCGCUACUCCCAUUAUUGGUAGUUCUCGCCCCAGGCCUUCUGGAUCAGGAACUCGCGGUGAUCGCCGUGUCCGUCCUCGUACUUGA